AUGAACGACGAAGACAGCACUUUCUCGAGUCAGCAACUACAACAUGACCAUGACGCUGCCCAAAAAGAAAAGCAGAAGCGCGGUUAUCGCGCUUGCCUCCAUUGCCGCGCGCGCAAAGCCAAAUGCGAUCUGGGCGACAUCGAUGCACCGUCCGAUCCGCCUUGCUCGCGCUGUCGUCGCGAGAAGCGCGAGUGCGUGUUUGCCCCCUCGCGACGCGGCGGCAACAACUCCAAGCGGCGGCGCGAGACGGACGACUCGACACCCGCAAUCGCCGGAGCCGGACCACAGUUCGACCACCCGCCACCAGCACCGCAGCAACAGCAUUCGUAUCCGGCGCCACCGCAUGUGGACGUGCUGAACCCCUCACCAAAGAACGACACCUACCUCUUCAAUCACCCCUCGGUGUCGAGCAACGAGAUGUCGCCAGCGACCACGGGGCCCAGUCCACUGACCGCGCACGCUCAUCUCCAGCCUGGGAGUGUCGGGAGCUCGAACCAUGGCGGCAGUAGCCACGCGCCAGGGGACACCAAACGGAGGCGUUUACACCUCAAUCCGCCGCUCCAUACAUCGGAUCCAAGCAGCAUCGUCGUCGCAGACGUCCAGAACGAGAGCGACGCGCUCCACAUUCUUGCGCUGGCCAGCGCCAACCGGCCCCCAUCAUCUGGAGCUCAAAGUCCCGGACACAGGCCGCAGCACAGCGGGACGAUCACGCCUGCUCAUCGCGCGCCUCUCGCUGCGGCUCGUAUCGAGGACUUUGACCUCGUCCGUCUUGGGAUCGUCAACGAGGGACAGGUGUCGCGACUCACGUCGGCAUUCUUCUUAUACUACCACCACCUCUUUCCCAUGGUCCCAGCUGAUCGGAUUCCGCGCACCCCAGAGCAACUAGCCGAGUUUGCGCGCAGCGAACGCUAUCUCGUCACGGCCAUGGUCAUCAUCGCGAGCAAGCAUGACCGCGCUGAUGGAAUGCGCGAGGUACACGAACGCAGUUGGUCGCUCAUGCGCGGAUGGAUCUCAGAGAUUGUCUGUCUGGGUGCACCCCCAACAGUUGGUCUUGUCGAGGCGCUCUUGCUCCUGGCAGAGAACAUCCCGCGGGAUCCGCCUAUUGACGCAACGAAUUCGGCCCACGCGCAGGGCUUUGGCGAGGAAGUGCACACAUCCGAGAACCGCCAAGCCUGGAUGCUCAUCGGCAUGGCCAUCCGCUGCGCCUAUGGACUUGGUCUCGACAAGCUCGCGCUCAAGCUCAUUCCCGAAGUCGAUCGCACGUACGACGUCGAACGCGCGCGGCUGGUCUGGACGUACUGCUACCUUUUCGACCGCCAUGUGUCGCUCCGUCUGGGCAAGGCGUUCUGGUCGCGUGGCCCCAACGUCUGCUUCCAGGGCUUCUCAGCGUCGUCGCAAACGGGGCCGGCUGCUGCGCCGGGCAACUUUCCGUUUCUGCGCGAAGCCACGCCGUCGCCUGGCUCUGACGCGCCAACUCAGGAGGAUUUUGCAUCGCUCGUCCAGACGUACCUGGAGCUCACGCAGCUCAUGAGCAAUGCGCACGACAUCCUCUACCCUAACGCUGCGCGCACGCGAUCACUCGUCGUCUACGGCGAGUACUUCAAGUACAUUGACGAGCUGACACGCUCGCUUGAUGGCUUCCGCAUCCUCUGGCACGAGAAGAAGUGGAGCCUCUUCCCGCUAAACGACGCCGUGCAAGCCAUGUUCUACUACACACAGCUUUACAUCUGCGCCUUCAGCUUUCAAGCACAUGUCGAGCGUGCCGCAAUGCGUGCCGAAGAGGAGUACAAAUUGCAUGAGGGUGGACGCCGGCCUGCGCUGUCGCUGUUCCCUCGCGGCUCGGCUGCGUCGCCUGAUGCACGCUACAUCAACGUGACGAUCAUGUCGGCCCAGGAGCUGCUGCGAAUCUGCAUCGACAAGAUGUACAAGGGUGGGGCGCUUCCCUACCUCCCCAAUCGGUUCCUGCUGUGGUUUACGUACGCAGCGAUCGUGUUGCUCAAGGCCAUGUACUCUGGCGCUAUGAGCCGCACUGAGUUGCCCGAGGCAUCUGGACUUAUCGACCAGCUCUGCGAGUGCCUAAUCGACGCAUCGCCGGACGACGACCAUCCCGCUGUGCGCUACGGUCUCCAGCUCAAGGCGCUGAAGAAGAGCAUGGCGGACCUGGACAUAAGCGUGAGCUCCCCAGCGGGAGGUGGUACCCUACCGCUUCCUCCCGCCGACAGCGAGUCGCGACACCCUCGUGACACGCACGAGCCGACCCGCACAACCAAUGGCCGCGAGGGCCGCGACAUACCGGACCUCGAAACUGCCGCGCACCAGGGCGUACCGUGGCUCAACGAGGAGCAGUGGUUCCCGGCGCAGAGUGCGGCGCCGCACAACCCCAUAAGCUUUACGUACUCGACGCCUGCUGGUGUCCCGCGGCCACACGAGCAACCCGUCAGCGAGGUCAUCAACCUCCAGCCGCGCGGGAGCAUCGGCAUGGGCGUCGAUAACAACCUCGGUUUCCCGACCUUUGACUGGCUCGGCCUCGACCCGGGUAACAGCGGACCUAUGGGCGCCGCGCCGCCGGCCAAUCCAUUCGACGGGGUGGGGUUCACGCCCGACUUCUGGAUGAAGGUCACGCCGGGCGAGGGGCAGGGCGGCUUCCCCUUCCGUUAG